AAUACCAGAUAAAAAACAAUUGAAUGACAUGGUUAAGACAUAUGGUGUUAAGAGUAGAAGGCAGAUUUAUAUAUUAAAAAUGAUAAGUUGAGGUUCAGAGUUAUUUGUCUUGGGACUAAUCCUACUUUGGGUUCUGGUGAGGGGCAGAAUAGUAAAUUUAGAGGGCUAGGGUUAAAACAAGAUAAAAGGCACUUGAAGCCCACUUGUCCUUGGGCGGUUCAGAUCUUCAGGAGAACUGAAAAGGAAUCUUGGUGUGUGAAAACCAUUACCUCACAACAUCAUUGCCUCCAAACAAGAGAAGUGGGCCUGUACACCAUGUCUCGGAUAGCUAAUGAGAUCCAACCCAUGAUCGAGUCAAACCCUGACAUGCCUUUGCCAGCCAUACAGGAUAUGCUUGUGAAGAACCAUCAGGUGAAUGUUUCAAUCCAGAAAGUGUUUAGGGCUAAAAGAAUUGCUACAACAAGGAUCAUUGGAGAUUAUAGAGAGCAGUAUGGUAUCCUAAGGUCUUAUUGUGAAGCACUGUUGAGGGCAAAUCCAGGUAGCACAAUUAAAAUAGAUUGUGAACCCUGUGCUAACCCUUGUCUUCCUACUAGGCAAUUCAAGAGAUGUUAUGUUUGUUUUGCUUCUAUUAUGAGAGGGUUCAAGAUGUGUGGUAGAGAAAUAUUGGGACUAGAUGGAUGUUUUAUGAAAGGUCCAUUUCCUGGACAGAUUCUUACUGCAAUUGGUGUUGAUGGCAACAACGGUAUAUAUCCUGUAGCAUAUGCUUUAGUGGAGGCUGAAACUUUUAAAUCUUGGGAAUGGUUUUUGGAAUUACUCAAAGAUGAUCUUGGCUUAGAAGACAGUACCAACUUCACAUUUAUCUCAGAUAGGCAAAAGGGACUACUUCUGCCUCCCAAACACCAUAAGCAGGUUGGGAGGCCACAAAAGAAGAGAAAGAAAUCAGUUGGUGAGGCUGAAGUUGAAGCUCAUUUUGAUAGUGAGGAAAAAAUGACCAGGAAGGGCAAUACAACCAAGUGCAGCAAGUGUGGAAAUUUGGGACACAACAGUAGGACAUGCAAGGGGCAGGGUGGGGAGAAUGUGGAGAAUGUUGUACAUGCACCAAGUGAGGAUCAAGUUGCAGGUGGAGAAAACAAAACCAGGAAGAAGUGUAGCAAGUGUGGAAGCUUGGGUCACAACAGUAGGACAUACAAGGGCCAGGAAGGGGAGAAUGUUCAAGAAUCUCAAACUGUAUCACAAGGUGCACCAAGUGAGAGUGAAGCUUAGUUAGGUUGAUUUCAAUGGUUUAAGACUUGUUUAUGUAUGGUUUAAG